GGGUGAUUGCGGCGAGGUGAGGUAGGUGUAGUGGUGACAGCGCGGGGUAGUGCGUGUCGGGGCGGGGUGGGAGUUGGGUGAUUGGUCGUGGUGGGAGUGGUGACUGGUGCUGCCUGCCUGCUCCUGCCACCAUGGAUCUCUGCGGGCUGACCUUGAGUGACUACCAGAUCAUCCGUGAACUUGGAUCUGGCUCCUAUGGCUCAGCUCACCUGGCACACCAUGUUCCAUCAGACACAAAACAUGUCAUCAAGAGGAUCAAGAUUUCUCACAUGACACCCAAAGAAGUGCAAAAUGCCAGACAAGAAGUCCAGGUCCUGUCAAGCUUAUCACACCCAUACAUAACUCAGUUCCAAGGCUCCUGUGAGGAAGAUGGAUAUUUACUAAUAGCAAUGGACUACUGUGCAGGUGGUGACCUUCACUCUAUCAUCACCAAGAGAAAUGGCAUUCUCUUUCCUGAAGAUCGUGUCCUUGACUGGUUUGUUCAACUCUGCCUUGCCAUAAAGUAUAUACACGAUCAUAAAAUACUCCAUCGUGACAUAAAAUCUCAAAAUAUAUUUUUAACAGAUGAUGGAAAAAUUCGCUUGGGAGACUUUGGAAUCUCAAAAAUUUUAAAUAGUUCCUCAGAACUUGCCAGAACAUGCAUAGGAACUCCAUAUUACUUGUCUCCAGAAAUGUGUGAAAAUAAGCCAUAUAAUAACAAAAGUGAUAUCUGGGCCUUGGGCUGUGUUUUGUAUGAAAUGCUAACACUGAAGCAUGCCUUUGAGGCCUGUAAUAUGAAGGCACUUAUUCUUAAGAUUAUAAAAGGUAUCUAUCCACCUGUAGCUCCUCGUUAUAGUAGAGAUAUUCGUUUAUUACUCAGCCAGAUAUUUCAGAGGGAACCCCAGGCUCGCCCCUCUAUAUGUGCAGUACUUCGCAAACCAUUUAUCCUCAAAAGAGUAUCAAAGUUUAUUCCUGGAUGUGAAGAGGAAGAGUUAAGGGAAUCCCUCAUAAGACGAAAAUACCAUGUGCCUGCUUCAGCUCGCAGCAAGGUGGUGCUCAACAGACGCCCUCCUGACAUCACAGACCCUGCUGCAAAGUAUGGAGUCUCUCUCAAUAGGAAGGCUUCUCACAAAUCUCCAGUGAAGUCUGUUGGUAGGCUUCCUAAGCAGGCAGUUUCUAAUGGAAAACAAGGGACUAAGAUAACUCAAAAAAACACAGCAAGACUGAGGCAAGAUAGCAGGAAGAGAUGCCCAAGUGAGGAUAUAUUAUCAUCCAAAGAUGUACAAAGGCCUGAGGCAGACAUAAGUGGUAAGAGGUAUCAGAAGAGAUCUAAGUCUGUACCUAAUGCUUUCAGGCAAAUUAAUAAUCCAAAGUCUCAGCAUCAAUAUAACAAAAUUAUGAAUCCGUCACCAGUCAAACUUAAGCUUAUGUUAGAUAGUGCAGGUCUUAAAAGAAAAAAGAAGGAUGACACUGUAGAUGAAGACCUCAUGGUUGAGUCUAGACUGGAUGAAGAACAGUCAUGUGAAUCUCCAGGGUCUCCAGGUUGGCUUGCAGAUGAAUUCUUAACCAAGAAACUUAAAGCUGUUUAUGACAAAAGAAAGCGUGUAGAAGCUUUGAUGGUGGAUGAAGCAUGUGCAGCUGCAUCCUGUAAUGGUGCUGUUACAAAGUGUAUGCUUCCAGAUGAAGGUGUUUCUGUAAAUUACAUUAGUAAACCAAGUGAUAUUGCUUCAGAAAAAAAUGUGCCUGAAAUGUAUGAGAAGCCAAAAAUGUGCAAACCUGAGACUAUACCUAGUGGUGUUGAAUUACCAAACCCAAAGGAUGUUAAAGAGUUAGCUAACCAAAGCCUCAAGUGGCAAGACAAGCAUUGCAGUGAAAAUGAUGAGAGUAGUGAUGCAGAGGAAACUCUACCAACCAUGUCACCUCAACAUUUAAGGGAAGUGAUGCAAAAGAAAUUGAAAAAUCUGGUUGAAGAGCGCACCAAGAAGAUGAGCCAAAUGGUCUCAGAGCGACGUCAAUGGGCAUAUGAGAUGGAAAAAUUAUCUACCUCUGUGUCCCAAAAUAAUGAUGAAAAAGUUUUGAAAUCAGUUCAUGUGAUCAGUCAUGCUACUGAUAAAGAGGGAAAGACACAUCACAAGUCAAAAAAGGAUAAGAAACUUCAUAAAGCUUUCAAACAGUGCAGUUCUACUGUCUGUUUAGGAGCAGGGCAGAUUGAUAAGAAACUUGACAAAGAGCCAGUUUCUGUCACUAGUAAUAAAACCCCUCUGCUAGCAAAAGAGGACUGCACAAUGCAGCAGGUAACAGGCUAUGACAUCAUCUCAAAUGGCACUGACAUUCAAAAAGACUUCAAAUUCAGUCCACAUGGUGAAUGUGACUUACAACAAAUUGAAAACAAAUCAGGGGAUAUGAACAAAGAGAAAGAUACUGUAAAGGAUAUCAGUAUCCAAGACAAUACUUCCAUGGAUAAGGUUUCUUUCCAAGAAGAAAACUGUAAAGAUAAUUUAUCAGAUGGCAAUUCUGAGUCAGUGUUGGCUCAGGAUUCUCCAAGCACUGUCAAAGCAGUGAUUCCCCAAGAGCCUAUUUCAGAGGAUACAGUCAAAUCCCACCACUUGACUCCCAGUAUGCGUGCACGAUGGGGUGCAGUGCACACUGCUGAUCUGGAAAAGUCCCCCCUGGAAACUACUGCAUCAGAGAUGGACACAACCACUUCUUCAGACUGUGUAUUUGUGUAUAGAGAGGCAGGUGAACGUAAACAUUGGAAGAAGGAUUGUGAUGAUAUUGUAAACCUAUUAGCAGAGGCUCAGAUUAUUGAAGACAAAAAAGUGGAGUGUGACAUGGAGGAAGAAAACUCCCAAGUGGAUACAGAAAAACUGGCAGGAAAGGAGUCUUCAAAAAAGCAACAAAAACCAGCUCAGAUGAACUCCACUUUUACUUUAAAGGAAGGUCUUAAAAACUGUGAAGGUGAUUCAUGUGUUUGCAAGUCCCACAUCAACACCACAAAGGAUGUGCAGAAGUCUACAGUAUUACAUGGCACUUUUAAGAUUGACAAGUCAAAUUUUGAAAAAGAAAUGAAGUCAAUUGGACCACCUCUAUUGAAUAGCACAUUUGAUAUGUCAAAAUUACCUUCUGACAAAGCAGUCAGUGCAUUAGUACCAGUUGCUCUGGAUAGUACAUAUGACAUUGGCAACAAAGAAUCCAUUACUCUAGAGGCUGUAUGUCAAGUAAAAAAUGAAGAAAAUUGUAGAAACACAACCACCAAUUACACCAACAUUUUAAAGAAAAGUGAAGAACACAAUGAAAAUUUGCAUGAUACAUAUACAAUAUCUUGUGAUACAAAAGAAAGUGAGUAUUCUGCUCUAAAAUCAGAAGCAAUGGGAACUGAAGGAAAAGUAGUACCUAAGGAGGUAAACACGAAGACAAAGGGUGGCUUGCUUGAAAAAUUACGUCUACAUUUGACACAUCAACCAAAAAAGAAAUACCAUAAGCUUGACAGUAAUAUUCAAGAAUCAAGCCUGUUAUUAGCUACUGAAGUUGAUUCACAUAGUUUAGAUUCAGGAUUAGAUAGUGCCACAAAAGGAAUACACACACCAGCUCGUAAAAGGAAAGGAAGCAUGAAGGUGGGAAUUUCUGGUAUUUUAAGGAGACUGUCUUCAAGGCAUGUCACAAAGACGCCAACAAGAAGUAAAUCUGUAGAAACGGUAGAGAAAUACCUGGACAGUUUUGAAGACUGUGACAAAGCCCACAGUGACAGUGAUUCCCCACAGCAAGAAGGCAUAGAAGAAUGUGGAACUGUGAAAUUUUUGAAUGCUGCAGCUUGGAAAGAAACUGAUCAGAGAGUAAUAGAACAUGCUAGUGGUUCUGAAGACAAUUGUAAAUUUGUCUCAAAAACUUCAGAGUCUGGUGACAAGUCUAUAGUAGUUGAAGAGGAUGGGAUUUCUGUGAAUAAUCACUAUAUUUUAGCCGAUGGUAGAGAUGGUGGCUCUAACCAUAAAACAUGUGUUACACUAAAGGAAAUCAAGCAGUCAGAAGGAGAGAGAAUAAAAUCUGAUUUAUUUACAAACAACAGUACAAUGUCAACUGAUAGUGGUAUUGAUUCUCAGAAGACAAGUGUUUGUCAAACCUCAGGUACUGAUUGCAGCAACUCUCAGAUUCUUCAUAAUUCUUCAGGGGGAUCAAGAAAUAAAAUUGGCACAUGUGAAUUACUGAAGACAAACAGUGAUCAGGAUGACUGGGUAGCUUUUUCUAAUUUUUAUGUGGCAGCUACUUCAACAGUAUUAAUACAAACCCCUCAAGUGAAACAGGAAAAGGAUUCUGCCAACACUACUCAGAAGUGUGUUUCUUCUCACUCACAAGAUAUAGAACCAACAAAGACUGCUUUAUUGGAUGCCACAUCUCAGGAGAAGUUUCAAGAUGUCAGUCCUGUAUCAACAAGUGGGAUCCACAUCAGCCUAAAGGUUUCCAGUGAGCAGGAAGAUGGAACAUUGCAGUCUCAGAGUGAGCAUGUUGAGCCACAUUUGAGGCAGAUAGAACAAACUGAGCUUGAAACAGUUACUCAGACAGAACCAAAGCUUGAACAGUUACCAGAUGAAGAACAUUUACAAAAAACACUUAAGAUAGCCUCAUGUAAUGAAGUGUCUAAUAAUCAGUACAAACAAGAAAAUUCUUCUCAGUCCUCCAGUGACCAUCCAUUCCUCCCACAUAGUCCAGCCAGACCCCGACCCACUAAGCUCAACAUUAGUAAAAAGACAACAGAUAUCAUGCAGGCACCUCAACACUCUACUUCAAGACAUCAUAGUUUAAGUCACAGGAAGUGUAACCAAUCCAAAGUCUGUAAUAUAGAGAGGAACAAGACCUAUAUUUAUUCAGGAAGUCAAGAACAUAUUAAUAGAACUGAGGAUAAAUUGUGUGUGAAUGUGUAUUCAGUUGCCACCACCAGCCACAAUGUGAAAGAACUCUUCUCUUCAUCGGAUGAGGAGAGUGAGGAUCCAGGAAGUCUUCCCAAAUCAGUGGAUUUCCUUAUAACUUCAGGAGAGCUCAGGAGGGAAGACAGCAAGAGGACACAAUCUGAAUUUUGGCAUCUAGACCGAGAUGGAGGAGUGGUGCCUGGUGGUGGAGGUGUGUAUGGCUGGAUAGAGGAGCAGAGGGCUAAGUUAGAAGAUGAACUCAGCAUGGACCUCUUUAAAAAAGCUUAUCACAUCCUAGAGGCAGCACAGGAACGUGAGGGAUGUGUUGUGGGAGAGUCUGUGAACCAAGUGGAGAAUCUGUUGGGACCACACCAUCAUCACCUGGCCUAUGACAUCCUGCAGCUGGUGGUGGCUGAGUCAGUCUACCAUGACUAGGGCACAAGGCUACAUGGGAACAGUGGGAGGGCUUGUUUUACAAUAAACCCUUAGAAGAUUUUAGAUCUAGUACUGUUAGAAAUGAUAAAAGUAGUGUAGCAUUGUUAUUAUUAAAGCAUCUUUUGAUGAACAGUACAUGCAUGCACAAAUGUAAGAAUCCUUGAAAAUAAAAUUGAGGCAUUGUUAUGCUCAAAAAAUGUUUGCUCAGGUUUUAAGAUAUUUUUAAUAGAUUUUUUUUUGUAAUACUUUUUAAAGUGCCACUAAAGGUUUCUAGUCAUUUAUUGUGGUAGCAUUUUGGUAUUAGAGAGGGUACUUGCUUAAUUUGAGAUUCAGUUGUCAUUAUUUGGUGCUAUCUGACUUUAUUUUCACAUGGCCAAACCAGUGCCAUCUGCCUGUCCUUAUUUCACUGAUGUUUCAAUGCAUCUCUAUUUUCAAUAUUCUAUCUAUAUUCUAGGUUGAGAUCACCCUAUAAAGGAUGACAACCUUACUGUUGAAAUAAGAUACAGAAAGGGUUUCCAUUUCUAGCACUGCCCUUUUUUUUGAUGUGCAGAAAAUACAGUGACAGUAUUCUUCCAAGGCAGCCAUAGAACAAGUGACCAGUCUAUCUGAUCAAUGAGGGGAAGGGAAAAUUCUCAGUGUUAUAUGCCAAAAAUAACAUUUAGGAUAUUCAUAUGUUUGGGUGACAUGUAGGCUUGGUGAAGAUAGAAAGCUGAGAGAAUUUGCACUAACCAACCUCAGGUAAUUAUUUGAGUUUUGUUCUGCUUUGCAUGUUUUCAUGGGCAUUAAUAAAGGAAAGAACUCUUGAUAAAAUAAGUGCUUCUAGAAUAUAAAAAUGGUAAAUCUGGGGUGAGCUUGUGUAUUUGUUUCUGUAUUGCUAAAGGCUUUUUCUUUAUAAGUUCCUAUGACUAAAUUGCUAGCAUACUAUUGAGUUCAGAGAAAGAUACCAGUAUAGUGUUUGUAUUAAAGCUGAAAAACUAGAAAUUCAUAUCAUAAGUCAUAGUCAUUACAUUAUUAGUUUUAAGUACCAAUGUUACUGUGAUAAUUAUGUGAUUUUUACAUUUAAUGAUGUUACAUUCGAUCUGAAUAAUGUAUAAAUAUAUUAAUCUUACUUGAACAUCAUUGGCUUAGGGUUGUUGAGGUAAAAAGAAUCUCAACUAUGUAAGAGGAGAUCCUUUUCCAUGAUCUUGUUUCUCAAGAAAAUGGAACCCAUGAUUUCUCUAAAUAUGUAUUGAGGAAAAAAUGAUCUGUCACAUCAGUGCCACUAUUAUUUGCUCCAUAAGGUAAUGAAUAUAUGUUCACCCAUGUUAUAUAAAUGUCCAUAAAAUUUGCCAAAUUCAAAGCCAGAUGUCAAAUCAGCACUUACGAAACUCUUGACAAGAUACAAAAGUUCACUUGAAAUAAAGUGUAUCUCAGAAUUGUUAGAUAAGUACAUGCUAUUAAUGCUUUUAAUUUUGUACAUUUUUUUUUAUUAAUGUUCCUAGCAUAAGUUUUCAGUUACUUAUGUAUGCGUAAUAAAUGUCUGACUUCCUGUUUCCUUUCAGAAUUGAGUUUGUGUUACUGACUGCAUGGCCAGGCAUUUGUUUUCAAAUAUUGCAGAAUUCUUCCUUAUUCAGAAUGUUGGUUAUUUUCCAUUGUGGUGAAGUUUGAAAUGUGGCCAUGAGGAAACUGCAGUCUGGUAUUUUGUUCAGUAAUCUUGAUGAGAUGUUUCUUACCUGUAUAAACUCAAAAGAAGAACAGUAAAGUGAGUUAGUAUUUCCAAUAUGUAUUUUCAACUGCUUAUAAGUAUGUAUAAAUAAUCAAAGAAUAAAUUAUGUUACUCUGUGAAACGUGUUAAGUGUAGAAUGUUAAGAAAAGGGAUAAACUUCCCUUAACAAAAUAUUGCACUACCAUACACUACAUGACACUGCCAUCCUCAGAGAAAACACUGGAUGUGAAGUCAUGAGCACUACUUUUGCCACAAAGUUAGUAGUGAUAUAAUAGUCCAUAAGUGGAAUUUUUGUAGGUUAGAUUUUAUACAGCAACUAGACAUUGAAUUCAGUUAUGCAUUUGGCAUGGAAAAAUAUAUAUAAUACCUGGGACUAAAAUGAUUUUGUAUGUUUUAUGCCAUACAUUUUUUCUAGAUUAAUAUAAAAUUGUUUAUAUCAAUCUGUAGGAAAAAAGCAUGUGUGUUUAAAGCUAGACUAGUUAGUAGGUGUGUUUUAUAAGUUUCUCCCAAUAGUCCUAUAAUAGUGGCAUUUGUAGAUGACAAAAUAUAUAAAAAGUGAAAGUUUGUAGAAAAAAUUUUAAAGGCAGGAUUUGAAUUUGCCCAUAUUAAAAAUUUUCUCCUAAAAAAUCUUAAGCAUUUGAGAUUUUAGAACAGAUAGAAUAGGGAUCCCCUGGUAGUGCUCCCAGCUGCACCCUUCUUUGUCAUCUGCAUGUUAUGAUGUAUGUAGCCACCACACUUAUAAUGUCAUCUUCCUAGACUAAUCCACAUAUUGAUAGUGCAUCAUUCUCCUUACUUACUGUCUACUCCUCAUUUAACAGUGCCAUAUGAUCUUCAAGGUCACACUGGGACUCCUUUCACUCACUCAAGUGCUGAUCAAAAACUGAUCUUUGUGGACCUCAAGUUGCCCCUCCUCCUCCUCCCCGCCUUUUUUUUUUUCUUUCAGUGUGUGUGUGUGUGUGUGUCCAGAAUCCCUUGAAAAUCAGUCUAGUUGCAUUUGAGUGAUAUUGCAAGAAAAGGUGAUGUGCUGUAUUUUUGCAGUUUCUAGCAUUUAAUUUAAACUUUUUAAGUGAUGAUCUUUGCUUUAUUUCUAUAGUUUGUCUUAAGAAGACAUGGCAUUAGGCAUGAUCUUUGCUUCAUUUCUAUAGUUUGUCUAAGAAGACAUGACAGUCCCUUUCACUAUAUUAUAGUGAACUCAGAAAGGUUGGUAUCUUCUUCAACCAAUUUUGUUCUUAUUUGUUGUUCUAUAGUUCUAUACUGUAGAAUUCCGAAUAAACAAACAACCGAGACAUUAACUUUGGCCCAUAUUCUACAACAAGUUGUGUAAGACACAAGGAGCUAAACAACUAAGUGGCUUAUGCUUUAUUAAGAAAAACAUACCUAUCACAAUAUCACUCAUAGUGCAGCAAUGGGAAGGGUUUGGAGUUUUAAGUACUGACUCCUCACACUGAUAAUAAUAACAGCAUUGUGAUGAUGAUCAACAACAUUGAUAUAUAAUAGUUGCAAUUAUAAACAUUUCAAAUUAUCCAUAAGGUACCUAGUUGUUAAGCCUGCAGUGCGUGAGGUGUUUUAUGUUGGCAGCAUCUUUUUUUACUGUAAUGUGGGUGUACCAACAGGCAAUUUCUCUCUCUCUCUCUCUCUCUCUCUCUCUCUCUCUCUCUCUCUCUCUCUCUCUCUCUCUCUCUCUCUCUCUCUCUCUCUCUCUCUCUCUCUCUCUCUCUCUCUCUCUCUCUCUCUCUCUCUCUCUCUCCUGUUAUCUACAAUAGUUCUAAACGUAGACCAUUAUCAUUCUUGAAUAAAGAGACUUUUACUCUACAUAUGUACAACGUGAAUGUAUUUGUUAGGUAAUAUAAUCAGUGAACAGUAAAGAAAACUUGAGUAGUCAAGUUAAUUACCUCAUUACCUGAUAUGAAGUCUUUAACAUGACAAGGGAAGUGUAUGUGCUGAAUUUACCAAUCACAUGAAAUCAUUAAUAUUUGUGUAACCUUGUUUAAGUUGUGUUUCUGUAAAACGUCUUUGUGUGUGUAAUAUUACAUUACCAAAUAUUUCUUCAAUAUGUGAAAUUUUGGAAAGAUUAAGCAGGAAUACUUUUGUACAUAUCAGUUUAUUUCACAUAAAGAACUGUUAAAAUGUUACUGAUAGGUUGCUGUAUUUUUAUGAUAAUAUCAGUGACAUUAUAAAGAUUAAAAAUAUUGGGUUCCACUAAUUGCAUACAGAAGUCAUACAAUUACAUCUUUAAAACAAUUAUGUAUAUAUAGUUUUAUAAAGUAUGUAAUACUGUAUUAGUAUGUUCACUUAUUUGGGCACAAAAAUUUUGUUUAGAAAGAAAAUGAAUCCAGUUGUAUUUUUAUACUUUAGUUCAACCUUGUAUUAUAAGUCAUUUUGUUACUGUUGCAAACUACUUUAUACUGUAGUUUCAUGUGAUCAUUUAUUUAUAUUUUUCUAGUCAGCUAUGAGUCAAAAGAUAAAUUUUUCCUGCAUAGCUGACCUGCAAUGUGAUUAAAACAUCCUGGGAAAAAUACUUUAUAACUGUAUCCUGAUGUAGGGCAAAUGUUGCUUUCAAAUGAGUUCUCAAUAUUGUGCAUUCAAAAUAACUUGCUCAAAGACUCGAAGGAAACUUGGGUAGCAAAAUGUACUUUUCAAAUACAUCAAAGUGUUUUUAAUACUACAGUAAAAUCCCUCUCAUCCAGCAUUCGAGUAUCCGGCAGCUUCAAGUAUCCGGCACAUUUUUCCCCGAGCCUUAAAAUCAAUAAAAAAUCAAUGUGUACUCAUAAAAUCGAUUAAAAUUCCCGCGCAUGGCAUACUUUGCCCCCUCGCCACCAGAGCGCACUGCUUCGCGCCACCCGCGGCCCACUGCACUGUGUUUACUCAGUGACUCAGUUCCGCGUGUGCACUGUUUAUCGCCUGACGCCUUCAUCAUGGCUAAAGUUGUAGAAAAGAGGAAGCGUGUUAUGCUUACACUUCAGCAGCUGAUCAGAUCAGCUGCUGAUUAAGAUCAGCUGAUCUUUGUUAUGGUAAGAUGCGUGAGUGUAGGGUGGUGAUUGUGGACAUGAUUUCACUUCUAUUCAAGUAUCCGGCAUGUCGGCAGUCCCGUUGAUGCCAGAUAAGAGGGAUUUUACUGUAGUAAAUACAUUAUUCAUUUGUCUAAAUCAAUUAGCUCAGGGAGGCUGUACAUAAUUAUAUUUAAACUUGUCAAGACUAACAUACCUUUUGCAUGUAAUUUUGAAAUUAAUUUCAGAAACUAAGCAUUUAUUUAAUUUCAAUGAUAUUUUUUUAGGCAAAAUCCUCAAAUCUUCCUGAUGGCAGUUUUUCUCACUCUGUAACAUGACAAAACUGUAACUGAAGUUCUGUAUUCCCUUGAAACAGUCCAAAACCAUCCACCCUUUUUGCUAGUUUGUUUGAAAUGACUCUCACUACAUGACAGCAGAUAUUGUGUGUUCAGGUUGUGUCUGGGCCAUUAUCAUAUGGCUUAUGAAAGAAAUGUUUUCCUGUAACUUAAAGACAAAAGCAACACAUUUGUAUUGUAAGGAAUUUCUUGUAUGUUCCCUUUUAUUGCAAUUUAAUUGCUAAUUUGGUGAUAUCAAAGUACAAAAUUCAGAUUUCAACCCUAAACAACUCUUAGCCACUUGUUACUGAAAACUAAAAACAAGUAUUUCAUUAUAAGUAUUUGUUCAGUGCCCACUCUGUUGACUUCAUAACUUUGUCAAGUUAUAUAACUUUAUUAAAGAAAGUAUUGAAUGUUGACUAAUCACAGGUUCCACUGAUGAUGUGCAAGUCAUAUAAGCGUUUAACACUUGUAAUAAAACAUGAAUUAUGA